GAGAGUGAAAGAUGGCGACGUCCCUGAUUUGCCGCAGGUUGUCCGCUGGACUUAGGAAUUCCGGGUCCAAGACGACACUAAACUCAGCAGCCAAGGUGCUCGGUGGGACGUCCGGUCUGUUUGGCAGCCAUGGCAACCAACCGUCUCCGCUAGCAACGGGACAGCAGCAGAGGAACCUGUCCCUGCAUGAAUACCUGAGCAUUGGUCUGCUGAAGGAGGCGGGCAUCUCUGUGCCCGCGGGCAUGGUGGCAAGCACCCCCGCAGAGGCAUACGCUGCCGCCAAACAGAUCGGCUCUAAAGAUCUGGUAGUGAAGGCCCAGGUGCUGGCAGGAGGCAGAGGUAAAGGCACGUUCGAGGGAGGACUGAAGGGAGGUGUCAGAAUUGUCUACUCGCCAGAAGAAGCGAGGGAUAUUUCCUCCCAGAUGAUUGGGAAGAAGCUGUACACUAAGCAGACAGGGGAGGCUGGCCGUAUCUGCAAUCAGGUGUUUAUCUGUGAGCGCAGAUAUCCACGCAGAGAAUACUACUUCGCUAUCACUAUGGAGAGGUCCUUCCAGGGCCCUGUAUUGAUUGGCAGCUCUCAGGGAGGUGUGAACAUUGAGGAUGUAGCGGCAGAGAAUCCAGACGCCAUCGUGAAAGAGCCCAUCGACAUCGUGGAAGGCAUUAAGAUGGAGCAGGCUGUAAAAGUGGCGAAGAAGAUGGGAUUUCCUCCCGCCUUGGUAAACGAAGCUGCGGAGAAUAUGAUAAAGCUCUACGACGUCUUCAUGAAGUAUGACGCCUCCAUGGUGGAAAUCAACCCCAUGGUGGAAGACUCGUCGGGCAUCGUGAUGUGUAUGGAUGCCAAGAUCAACUUUGACUCAAACGCGGCAUACAGGCAGAAGAAAAUAUUUGACAUGCAAGACUGGACCCAAGAGGACGUCAGAGAUAGACAAGCCGCCAAAGCUGACCUCAACUACAUCGGCCUGGACGGCACCAUCGGCUGCCUGGUCAAUGGGGCUGGACUCGCCAUGGCAACAAUGGAUAUCAUUAAACUCCAUGGUGGUACUCCUGCUAACUUCCUGGAUGUGGGGGGUGGAGCCACAGCGCAACAGGUGACAGAGGCCUUCAAGCUCAUCACCUCAGACAAAAAGGUUCAGGCCAUUCUCGUGAACAUUUUUGGAGGCAUCAUGAGGUGUGAUGUCAUCGCUCAGGGGAUCAUCAUGGCCGUCUCAGACCUGGACCUCAAGAUCCCCAUCGUUGUUCGGUUACAAGGAACCAGAGUGGACGAUGCCAAGGCACUGAUCGCUGCCAGUCCUCUGAAGAUCCUGGCCUGUGAUGACCUGGAUGAGGCCGCUAAGAUGGUUGUAAAGCUUUCUGAAAUCGUGUCGUUGGCCAAAGAAGCCCAGGUGGAUGUCAAGUUCCAGCUGCCCAUUUAAAAAAAAAAAACACAACUUCGUUCAAACCACACCCCUGGGAAACCACACCCCUUGGAAACCACACCCCCUCCUAUGAAACUGAAGCUGUAGUGUUGAGAUCCAUAUCUCUAAAAGGGUUAUCAUUUACAACUCACUCUUUGUCUUUUCUGUUUCUUUCCAUCUGUCUAGCACUGUCGGGUUUUUUUUUUUUAAACUGACCCAAUAGGACUGUCUUACCUGCCCCCCCCCCCCCCCCCCCCAUGUCAGUCAGUGCUUCCAUAUUGUGUCCAAUCUGCUACAACUGUUCAGAUCCCAAAUUGAACAACGUAAAGCUUCUAUGUAUAAACACACACCCCUUCAUCCCCCUUGCUGAAUCCUCCUCUUGUACUGUGAGCCCCGCACUGGUAGCGUCUGCUAGCUCAGUUCAGUGUUACUCUUUUCCGUACCUGUCUCUUUGUUUUGGUUAUUCCUCUGUUGUUUCGUUGUUAUUGUUUCUUUUUUUUUUUUUUUCUUAGAGGGGGAACUAUUUAUGUGACACUCUAUUUAUAGUCAUGUAUUGUACAGUGGGGCUAGGUUUACUGGUUAAAGAAUGUCGUUGACUCUGCUCCUGUUCGCUGCCACGACGGUGUCUCAUUAAAAUCUGUUUCCACCUCCGUUUCUUUCUCAGAGUGUACCCAUUACAUCCUUUGACUCGGGUGUUCCAAAGAGCACGGCACUGUUUCAGAACGCACAAGCACUCUCGGGAGUUUAUGUAUUAUUGUUUUUUUUCUUUCUUUUUUUUUUUUUUCCUCGUGUUUAAUCUCGUCAUACUUGAGAACCUUUGGCACAGAUGUGGGGUAAAUAAAAUGAAGCUUGCUUGAA